UAUUCAGAGAGUCCAAAAGACACCAAAGACGACACACUUGAGUUGGCCUGACAGUUGUGUGGGGAGUGAGCAGGGGGUUGCUUUCCAUACUAGUAGAGGACAACCAGCGUCAGUGGACAUACAUACACAGAUUAUUUCACCAGGCUACUGAGGUUUUGGAUCAAACAGGAUCAUGGAUGUACUCGCCUUAGAGGCAAAGAAUGUAAAUGAAGCAGAACCUGAGAAGAAGUCUUCCGCGAGGCCAAAACCAAAACCUCCCAAAAAGGCCAAAAGGAUUGUUUACUUUGAGGUGGAGAUCGUCGACUUAAAGACUAAAGAGAAACUGCUGCUGCUGGACAAGGUGGAGCCAACUGCCACUGUUUUGGAUAUUAAAGCUUUGUUUCACAAAUCAUAUCCAAAGUGGUACCCAGCCAGACAGUCCCUGCGUUUGGAUCCAAAGGCCAAGUGUCUCAGGGAUGAGGAAGUUCUGCAGACACUUCCGGUGGGAACCACAGCCAGCUUUUACUUCAGUGACCUAGGACCCCAGCUCACAUGGGGAACCGUGUUCCUGACAGAGUGCGCUGGCCCACUGAUCAUCUACUUGAUGUUCUACUUCCGCCUUCCUUUCAUAUAUUCUCCGAAAUAUGACUUCACCACCAGCAAGCACUGGGUUGUACACUUGGCCUGCAUGUGCCACUCCUUCCACUACAUCAAGAGGAUUCUGGAGACACUGUUUGUCCAUCGUAUCUCCCACGGGACCAUGCCUCUCAGAAACAUAUUUAAGAACUGUGGCUAUUACUGGUGCUCUGCAGCUUGGAUGGCGUACUACAUCAACCACCCUCUCUACACCACACCCUAUUACGGGCAGCAGCAGGUGAAUACAGGACUUUACAUUUUCUUGUUCUGUCAAAUAGGGAAUUUUUCCAUCCAUAUUGCUCUUCGUAACCUCAAACUAGCAGGUUCAAAAAACAAGAAGAUUCCUUACCCUACGAGAAAUCCCUUCACAUGGAUUUUUUGGCUGGUCUCUUGUCCAAACUACACAUAUGAGCUGGGCUCCUGGAUGGGCUUCACAGUGAUGACCCAGUGUGUUCCUGUGGCUUUCUUCACUCUUGUGGCCUUCAUCCAGAUGACUGUCUGGGCUAAAGGAAAACACCGCGGCUACUUAAAGGAGUUCAGAGAUUAUCCGACCCUGCGCUCCUCCAUACUCCCCUUCAUCCUGUAGAAGCUUGGCAGAGAAAACAGCAGUUGCGACACAGAUCCACCUCAUUACUGAUGGAGAUCCUUCUGAAGCAGCUUCUCCAUCCACUGGAUGUCAGAAAGUGUAUGCUGAGGUUAAUAUUCCAGAUGGAUUUUGGUCAUAUGGACUCCGUGUGACAUUUUCUUACAUGUCACUCCAUAAUGAGGAGUGGCGGUUACAGUUAGUGUUGGACUGGUGAAUACAGGACUAUUUUAGGCAACAACAAAAUACGCCUUCAGAGUUAAAUGCAGCAAAGUCUUAAUUUAAUGUUGUAUGUGAUCUUGAAGAAGCAAGAGGAUGAAACAUUGUUUUGCGACUUUGGUAAGUUGUUACAUGUUUGAUUGAGAGUGCUGUUUGAUUUUUAACAAAUCACAUUAUGUUCAUAGCUUUGGCAAGUGAAGUUUCCCACAGAGCUGGGAAACCAAGAGGCUAAUCUGCAUUGUCAAACUAGUGUGCAGCCUGGAGCUGACAAGUGUGUGGCCUCAUGCAGUAUUCUACUAAUCAGACUGAUCCAAAUGACCUUUACACUUUGGUAGAGUUAGUGCUAUCUGGAUUAGAAAUUGUAUGCUGUUUUCCCGCCAUGGGUGAGGGAAAAUCUUUUCUUUUUGUCUGUACAUGGGUCUAGUGUAUUUCUGGUGUAGGAAAAAUAAUCGAUAGAAAAACACUGCUAACAGCAUGCACAGACACGUCCUAAAAAAAUGUACUUCUUGCUUACACAUGAUGAUGAUAUAGUGCAAAGUGUUCAAUUGAAGCGAAAGCAAAAAGACCAAGUUUCAGUCAUCAAACCUCGUCAGUGUAUUAUGUAUCUACUAUAAACUUUCUGUGCAUUGUCAGCGUUGUGCAGAUAUUUUCCCACGCUAUUCUUUUGUACUAAUCUGAAGAGUCGUGCAGAUACACGGACUGAAACUCAUGGUGGACAAGGAAUAUAUUCUCUUCUAUUCCAUUUUCACCGAAUGUGCAUCGCUGCAUCCACUGAACCUUCAGAUUAAAUGAGGAACUGAUUUUAUUUUUUAAAUGUCCUGCUGUAAUUUUUGUUACAGUGUUGAGCAGGGAUUUUAUCUGAAGUGGAAAGUUUGUUUACAAUAUUUGAUAUUUGACUUGUCCUCACACCCUUGCAGGGGGACGCUGAACCAUUCAAACAAUUGUUUUCAGGCAAAUGAUUGAUAAAACCAGUGUAAUGAACUAUCACAAAACAA